UACUCCAGCGGCUAGCAGCGCUACAUACCAGAGAAGCCUAUAUGUAACGAACAGGCCUAGCUGCUACUUCGCUUCUCUCCAUGUCCAUAUAUCAUCGAUCGAUAGCAGCUUCUAACUGCUUAUCCGGCUAGCGCCACAAACGGAAACCGUGGCUGGCUGUUAGAUUUCUUCUUCUUCUCUUACUUCUUCUUCUACAGGUGUUCAUAUGUGCAUGCAGUUGAAGAGAAAUUCGAAUUGAUCGCCUGGUGGACAAUCGAUCUAUAUAACCGGUCGAUCGAUUCCAGAGACGUCUGAGCCUCAAGCAACAAUGGGGAAGCUGGUGGUGAGCAAGAGCUGGCAGGAGUCGAAGCUGUUGUGGCACAUCGCGUUCCCGGCCAUCCUCACCGCCGUCUUCCAGUUCUCUAUCGGCUUCGUCACCGUCGGCUUCGUCGGCCACAUCGGCGCCGUCGAGCUCGCCGCCGUCGCCGUCGUCGAGAACGUCAUCGAAGGCUUCGCCUACGGAGUCCUGCUUGGCAUGGGCAGCGCGCUGGAGACGCUGUGCGGCCAGGCGGUGGGCGCCGGGCAGGUGGACAUGCUGGGCGUCUACAUCCAGCGCUCCUGGGUCAUCUGCGGCGCCACCGCGCUGGUUCUCACCCCGACCUACCUCUUCACGGCGCCCAUCCUCCGCGUGCUCCGCCAGCCCGGGGACAUCGCCGACGUCGCCGGCACGUACACCCGGUGGGUGCUCCCGCAGCUCUUCGCCUACGCCGCAAACUUCCCGCUGCAGAAGUUCUUCCAGGCGCAGAGCCGGGUGUGGGUCAUCACCUUCAUCUCCGGCGCCGGGCUCGCCGUCCACGUCGUGCUCAACUACGUUUUCGUCACGCGCCUGGGCCACGGGAUCUUCGGCGCCGCCAUCGUCGGGAACGUGUCCUGGUGGCUCAUCAUCCUCGCGCAGUUCGGGUACCUGGUGUCCGGCUGCUUCCCGGAAGCGUGGCGCGGGUUCUCUGCGCUCGCGUUCAAGAACCUCGCCGCCUUCGUCAAGCUGUCGCUCGCGUCCGCCGUCAUGCUCUGCUUGGAGCUCUGGUACUACACUGCAGUGAUCAUCCUUGUGGGUGUCCUCAGGAACGCACAACUUCAGGUUGACGUCAUGUCGAUCUGCAUCAAUUAUCAGCUCUGGACCCUGAUGAUUGCACUAGGCUUCAAUGCAGCAGUGAGCGUGAGGGUAUCAAACGAGCUGGGCGCGAACCGGCCAAAGGCGGCCAAGUUCUCGGUGAUCAUUGCGGUGUUGACGUCCGGCUUCAUCGGCGCCAUCUUCAUGGCCCUGUUCCUCAUCUGGCGCACCGAGCUGCCGCGGUUCUUCAGCGAGGACGAAGAGGUGCUGAGGGAGGCCGCCAAGCUGGGCUACCUCCUCGCGGGCUCCAUCUUCCUCAACAGUAUCCAGCCCGUGCUCUCAGGUGUGGCGAUCGGAGCAGGAUGGCAGUCGCUUGUGGCGUUCAUAAACAUAGGGUGCUACUACUUCGUUGGCCUCCCACUGGGGGCCCUCUUCGGCUUCAAGCUAAAGCUUGAUGCAUUGGGAAUUUGGGUGGGCAUGUCAGUCGGCACUCUGCUUCAGACCGCUAUACUUCUCUUCAUAUCCUACAGAACCAAGUGGGAGAAACAGGCUAUGUUGGCUGAAGAGAGGAUCAGGGAAUGGGGAGGAAGGAACGACGCCCUGCCAUCGACAACGCAGGUUGCGCUGGCGGUCGACGAAGUAGAUCGGUGAUCUUAUCGUUCCGGCGAACUUGCAGCUGUAUAUAUACAUGCAAGGUAGAUCAGAGUAGAUUGGUAGGAUUAAUCUGUACAGAUUGAUCGAAUGUAGCUCAAUUUUACACUGUGGGAACCUCCCCUUAUUUUUUUGUUUUUGUGCCAAUCUUGACGACCUUUGUGCCUUUUUGGUCGGAAGAUCAUCUGGUCAUUGCACUACUUAGGUUGAUUUUCAUUUUUGGACAUUUGGAGAAAAUAUAACUAUAGAUGUGUCCUUAUAUUUCAAUUUUUAUUCAACAGAAUAUGUGUGGACUAAGCAGCCUGGGAAAUUAAGUUGAAAUGUGUCUUGGUUUACUUGUGAUGAGUGAUUGACAUUGUCAUU